AUGCCAACAUCGGAGAACAUCCCUGGGUCGUCUCUGUUCACAUUCAGAACCCCGCCACACGAAUUGCAUGGGCGCAAUCAUCACAGAUCGUCACGUGUUGUCUGCCUCCAGCUGUUUCAACAAGUUUGGAUCCCAAAAGGUUCCAUAUCUGUCGGUAAGAGUGAGGUUGGAGAAUUGGACAAGGGUACCAAUCCGGAUUGUUCCAGCGACAACCAUUGUGCUCCAAAGUAUAAUGAGUACGAAAUAGCCAAAGUGACAUACCACUCUGGCAACGGGUAUGCCGAGGAUGGCAUGAAUAUAGCGCUGCUCACAACUGACCGUCAAAUGGAGUUCAACAAUUAUGUGGCGCCGAUUUGUUUGGAGCACGGUGAUCUGAUGGAAGCCGACUAUGGAGGACAACUCGGCAUCAAACUGAGUGGUUGGGGCAAGAAUACUGAUUCCGGUGUUGAGGAGAAAAAGCUGAGGCAGGCUCGAGUCCUGGUGUUAACCGAGGAGGAGAACACGCAGGUGUACGACCAACUGCCCCGCUCGUUUGGACGACAGGCGAACCGCGAGUCCAGUUUCUGUGUGGGACAGACGGGCGGCGAGUCACGACACGAUACCGACAUCGGAGGGCCUUUCAUGAUUGAGAGGGCUGUGGGUUCGGACCUUGCUCGGAUGUAUCUGGUGGGCAUUCUCUCUUUUUCGACCGACCCUGUAUACCUGCCUCAACAUGGUGUUCCCGAUG